UAUCGCAAAUCAGAGUGUCGGCGUCUGCAGGAGCUUACAGGGCAGGAGUUCACCGGUCUGUCGCUUACUCGGGGAGUUUUCUCUCAGUGGGAUGAUAGCGAACGAAGUUUUGAGGCGAAAACCAAACACAUGAGAUCUACGAAGGAGUCGCUGCCCGCAACAUAACUUCAGCCUUACUCAUGGAUAUAAAUUAAGCCCGUAAAGUGGAUACGUUUAGCUGGUGUUUAAGGCGGCGCUUUUAUUGACUCUUGAGGACAGCAACGACGAUGCCCUUUUAAACGGGAGAAGUUUUCUAGGGUGUUCAAGAGAGAGAGAGAGAGAGAGAGAGAGAGAGAGGGAGAGAAGCCCCAGACAUGAUGUCCAUUGGAGCUGAUAGCUGACACUGUAGAAUGAGAGAGGAUGGAACAGACAGAUAACCCUGCCCCUGAGAGCAACAACCCUAAUGGGUUUGUCAACCGAGUGUUUAAUGUUUCUCUGGAUGUGGAGAAUGAAACCAGCAGUGUUUAUAUUCAGGAGACUGGGCCAGGGUCUGCAGAGGGGCAGGGAGAGAUCCAGGCUGCCUCUUCUCAGACCCCUGUCAAGGACAGACAGGAGGUCAACCGGAGGCCCCGUGCCACAGGGGGCAUCUGGAAGAUCUUGAACCGAAAGAGAGCUGUCUCAGAGCUGGAGCGCAGACCCCACUCCAUGAUCCUGCCCGGGGAGGCUUCCAUCCCUAAACUCUCGUUUGCUGACAAGGUUCGCUCCUUCAAGAAGCUUAAAUCCCCUUCUGUGUUUAGGGGGAAGACAGGGAAAUUGUCUACUGCCAAGUUUGGCAGCACUUUGGUGGAUGAGGAAUCUUUCUGCCGAGAGAUUGGCACUCCUCAGCAGUCCAGCAGGGGCACACUGAGACAACGUGGCAAGAGGCACUCGUAUGCUGGCUACACAGCAGAAUUUGACUGCUCGUUUGAAGACAUUGACCUCACAGCUCCUACGGACAGCCAGCAGCCCACUGUAACGGGAGAGGCUGUGACUCAGAAUGGUUGUAAACCAUCAGAAAGAGUUUACUAUACUAAAAGAAGCCACAACAAUUCAAACAACUGUAACAAAACAGCUGCAGGUUGUGAAGAGCCUAGCAUUAAAGAUAGCCCAAGCACCCACCAGGGUAGAGGAAGGAGGCAUAAAGAUGUGUGGAGUUACCUGAGGAGGAUUUCCCUUUUAGGAAAGGCCAAUCCUGUCUACUCAGAGAGGAGCUUUGACUCUGAGCUUCCCUCGAUGGACAAGACCAUGGACUCAGACUAUGGUUCUGUAGACUUUGAGAGUGUCAGAGACUUUCAGCCACCGCCCCCAAAACCCUCUGACAACAAGGGGCACUUUGGUGGUCUGUUCAAGUUUUUCAGCAGUGUAGCAGAGACAGCCAGAAAAUGGCGGACAACAUCACACUCCUUUUCUCCUCCAGAGGAAGAGAGGACUCCAAUCAGCUCCCCUUGUACCACACAGCGCACAGUGGACAAUAUUCACAGUGUGUCCCUAACACUACACAGUGAAGGAGUUCCAAAAUCCCAGCCUAUUCCAUCAUCACCACUGACCGCUAAAUCCUCACACUCCAGUAGCUUUGACAGCAUGGCUCCAGCACCUGUGACAGGUGGAAGAUCCCCUAAAGUGGUCCUGAAAGCCUUUAGGGCAUGCCCAGGAUCUCAAGCUGUCAAUGGCUUUCAGAGUUCUGAUGGCAGAGACAAACAUAUAGACAGAGACACAAACCACAGGUCCACAGCCUUAGUAGAGAAUCAUAUUCCCCAGUCAGGUCCAAACACAGAGACUGAAAAAGAAUCAGAGGUUGAAAGUGAUCCAUUAAACUGUCUCUGUCAAGAGGAAAAGGUAGAGGGACAGACAGGAAAUGAGCAGGAUUCCAGGGAUGCUCCACCUGACUCCCACCAGAUACAGGAAGUACAUGUCCAAUCACAACAAGGUGAUAAAGAGAGCACAACCAAUAGCGUACCAGCAUCAGAUUCCACAGAGGAAAUAUUUAAGCUGUGUAAGCAGAUUGCCACCCAGACAGGCUGCAGUGUAAGACAGCUGUGCCCAGCCAUGCCCCACUCUAGCACAGAGAAGACCUCUGUGCAUCACAAGCCCCAGCGCCCUCGUCCUCGCCCGGCCUCAGCUGUACUGGACCUGUGGAGGCCCACCCCAGACCGAGAUCUCUACAGCCAUUAUAGUGAGGUUGGCUCACUGUGCCGGCGGAGACGCAGGCCUGCUCCCACCAUGCAACACUCUCCGGGGCAGAGACGGAUGGCUGCUCGCUCCAGGCCUUGCUCUGUCAUAGAGACCAGUGUUACUAAGGAGACGCAGUCCACGGUGCUGCACCACAGAGCCUUGUCUCGCCCCUCGGGUGUGUCACCGUUAGAGCCCCCACUCAGGGCGUCUCUCCAGCGGUGCCGCUCCCUGCCACUACCCCCCAGCACUCUCACUGCCUUGGCGCUGCUCCUUCCUCAGUCAGACAUGGGUCAGUCGUCAUCGUCGGUGCGUCUGCGGUCUGGAGGCUCUGGUAGCUGCAGGAGGAGGAGGCUGCUAAGACCUGGUUCAGAACCACUACAGGUCAACAUUUUGAUAAGUGGAGGUUCAAUCGUCAACGCUGAGGCGGUAUGGGACCAUGUGACCAUGGCGGACCGGGAGUUGGCGUUUAAGGCCGGUGACGUCAUCAAGGUGCUGGACGCCUCCAACAAGGACUGGUGGUGGGGCCAGAUUGAUGAGGAGGAAGGAUGGUUCCCUGCCAGCUUUGUACGGGUGGAACCCCACCCUCCUCAGCCCCAAACAAAACAGGUUUUCUAUAUCAACCCCAUAGCAACUCCACGGUUCCAAAACACCACGUCAAAGCUGUGGGUGAACCAGGAGGAUGGGGGAGCGGAGCCAGCUGAGGGGACCAGCGAAGUACAGAACGGGCACCUGGACCCGACCAAUGACUGCCUGUGUCUGGGCUCGCCCCUCCAGAACCGAGACCAGAUGAGAGCUAACGUCAUCAAUGAGAUCAUGAGCACAGAGAGACAUUACAUCAAACACCUCAAGGACAUCUGUGAGGGUUACCUGCGGCAGUGCAGGAAGCGUGUGGACAUGUUCAAUGACGACCAGCUGAAGGUCAUCUUUGGGAACAUCGAGGACAUCUACCGCUUCCAGAUGGGCUUUGUUAGAGACUUGGAGAAACAGUACAACACAGAGGAACCCCACCUCUCUGAAAUUGGACCGUGCUUUUUAGAACACCAAGAUGGUUUUUGGAUCUAUUCAGAAUACUGUAACAACCACUUGGAUGCCUGUAUGGAGCUGAGCAAACUGAUGAGGGAUGGCAGGUACCAGCACUUCUUCGAGGCCUGUCGCCUCCUCCAGCAAAUGAUUGACAUUGCCAUAGAUGGCUUCUUGCUCACCCCUGUCCAGAAAAUCUGCAAAUAUCCACUGCAGUUGGCUGAGCUUCUCAAAUACACUGCGCAGGAGCACAGUGACUAUCGAUACGUGGCAGCAGCGCUGGCAGUAAUGCGGAACGUCACUCAGCAGAUCAACGAGAGGAAGAGGAGGCUGGAGAACAUCGACAAGAUCGCCCAGUGGCAAGCCUCUGUUCUGGACUGGGAGGGGGAUGAUAUCUUGGACAGGAGCUCGGAGCUCAUCUACACUGGGGAGUUGUCAUGGAUCUAUCAGCCGUAUGGACGCAGCCAGCAGCGAGUCUUCUUCCUCUUUGAUCACCAGCUGGUGCUCUGUAAGAAGGACCUGAUACGCCGGGACAUCCUUUACUAUAAGGGCCGCAUCGACAUGGAUCGCUACGAGGUGCGGGACGCCAUAGACGGGCGUGACGAUGACUUCAACGUCAGUGUGAAGAACGCCUUCAAGUUGUGCAACAGAGACAGCGAGGAAAUCCACAUCUUCCUGGCCAAGAAGCCAGAGGAGAAGAUCCGCUGGCUCAGGGCCUUCCACGAGGAGAGGAAGAUGGUGCAGGAGGAUGAGAAAAUCGGUUUCGAGAUCUCUGAGUACCAGAAGCGUCAGGCGGCCAUGACAGUGAGAAAGGUGACCAAACAGAAAGGUGUAAACAGGUGCACGCCCCCCUCAUACCCGCCCCCCCAGGACCCCCUCAGUGCGGGGCAGUAUGAGGUAACGGAGGACAUGGCACAAGGAGAGGUUUUUGAAUUCAGUCAAUCCAAAAGAGGCCAGGCUCCUUUCUGGCAGAAUUUUAGUAGAUUAGCUCCAUUUAAGAAAUAGAGAUACACAGACUCUUCUGAAGGACCAGCUAUUUUUCUUAGAAGCACUAAACACUGGAUGACCAUGUCCCAUGACGAAGAAAAAUACGAAAAAAACACAUACACAAGAGACUUCGAGGUAAAGGACCAAUGUUAAUAUAGAGUGUGAUUGGAAGCAGCAAGAGGACUGAAGACUUGAGAAAUUGAGGAAAAAAAUAACUUACAAUUCAUAUAUGUUAGUAACGUUCUUAGUUAUCAUGCUUCUCCAGCUGAGUCAACUGUCAUGAACUCUUUCUCUUCGGAUUCUGCAUAUUCACACCAUCUGAAUGUCCUGGAGUUACUGAGAUUGUUAUUUUUAUUUCAUUUUUAAUUCAUCAUCUGGAAAGUAACCCAAGGCCAAGCUAGGGCCUUCCCCAGUAGUGUGAGUGUAUCCAAAAGCUGAGAUCUUGCUGUGUUGCUGUGUGAGAUUGCUUGUCGCUUUCUUCUGAAUGUGAGAUUGAAUAAUAACGUCUGAAGGACCUACGAAGCCAGACCGAUCACAGACCAGUUAGAUCAUCUCUGCUCCACUGAUGUCUGCGUCUGGAUCGCCUCAUCACUCUCAACGCUCCAUGUUCCUCUCGCUAGCUGUUUGCGUAUAGUAACCCCUCUCUUCAACAAGUCUGAUGUUCACAGUGUUUCCCUCACUCUCUCUGCAUCCCUCUUCUUGUCCUCCUCAUUCUUUCUCUCUACCCGCCUGCUCCGCCUCUGUGAGUCAGUGGCUCUCAGGGGGAGAGCUUCAUUCUUUUGGAAUCCUGCCAUUGGCCACGGCGAUGAUGGGUCAGGGAGCAAAUCAAUAGUCGAAACAUCAAUAGAAUAUUUACAUCCGCUCACCAACCACUUUUGACAGGGUAUUCAUAACCGAUUACAUUGAGGGGCUGUGGGUUUUGCAUUUGACGGAGAGCUCAGAUGAAACAGCUGGGAGCAGGAGAUAGGCAGGCUAGGGUUCACCUGCCUCGUGUCAGAGCCCCUCCCCACUCUCCCCAGAGACCACCCCUGUAGCACUGUGCUGGCAGCUCACUGGGUGUUUGGAAAGAGCACGCCCUACCUCCAGAAGUCCACUGAGAGCUUAAAGUGAAGUUGAUGCAUUGGCCAAGGUCCAAAACAAUAUCUCUUUUUUCACGUCAGCUGUGGGAAAAACAAAAAAAGACUUCUUCAGUUGACUUAAUUAUUUUAUAUUUCUCACUUUUUAAAAAGCACACAGCACAUCUUCAGUUUGAGUAGGACUUCUUCUCUCAUUUGAGUAGGAACGAUGCAGUCAUGCCAUGCCAUAGUGUGAGAAAUUAGAGCUGUAACCAGCACAAGGGGAAAUGGUCAACAAAAAUGGCAGAAAUUAUAAUUAAACAGGACAACCAUAUCAGGUGACUGUGAGUCAGGAUAGAGUGCGGAAGUGUGAGCCAAUACCAAAGGGAGGCGGGAGGGUGAAUGUAAUCUGUAGCAUGUAGGUGUCCUCUGACAUAUUCAUGCAUCUCUAAAGACUGCAGCUUCAAACCUUGGCACUGCUCCCCGUCACGCUGUUUUCCAGAUCUGAUCCUUGCCCUGGCAGUUAGCUUGGCACUGUUAAGUGAUUUACAAAAGGACUGUGGCCUGAUCCGAAUGAUUAAUCAGCAAUGUCCCCGACGCUGCCGUUAGCGAGAUCCCGUGCUACUUCAACAGAGGUGUUAGAAAAAGGACGAUGUACUGAGGAGAAACUACUGAGGUGUAUUCUUUUUUCUACGGUUGGAAUGUAAGUGACACAUCUGUCCAUGGUUUGUGAUCAUAUUUUGACCUCAGAUACAGAAGUACAUUUUGUGUUGAAUUAUAUCACCUGAUGGACAGUACAUAUACAGUAUGACAACUUGUGCAAUGUGAUAUAUCAUUAUAUUUCUUCACUAUUCACUACAACGUGAUAUGAAAGAGUUAUAUAUCGUUCUAUGUCAUUUGUUUGCCUUCUUAUAGGCCUUAUAACCUAUUGGAGAAAAAAAAGACCUUAGAAUUGCUUUGUAUGUUGUGUAAUUUAUGUUUUGUUUCAGUAAAGAAAGUUGAGAAAUGGGUGAGUUGGCUGCUGGUGUCUGUAGAGAUGGCUCCCAGUGAGAUUGUUUUGGAAGAUAAAUCCAUGGUCUGGCACAGCAAAAACGAUAUGGUUCCCAGGCCAUGAUAACCUCAGGUCCCGUGCAACAACCCCCCCACCCCCACCCCACCCACCAACAUACAUACAGGCAAACACACAGACACAUAAUCAUGCGCACUCGCUGGCCCGUUCUGCUGCGGAGAAGAGAGAUGCUAUCUAACAGUGCCUUCCAGCAUUCCACUAGUGAUUAUCUAUUCAGUUUCACAGGCAGAUUUGAAUUAGUCAUGUAUUUUCCCUUCAGUGUAGGACUUGCAUCUCUCUCUCUCUCUCUCUGUUUCUCUGUCUCUCUUUCUCUCAUACACACUGGGAAUUCCUCAUUCCCCAGUGCAUGAGAUCCACUCGGACAGAAGCUUAGAGGUCAGGCCUUUUCCGUAUGAGUAGAUACUGUGCUGUCUGACUGAAACACUUAAAACACCUUAUUAUAUUAUAUCACACAUAGCGGUAAUUUUAUUGCACAAGGAGAAGUUAAUUCUGAUUUCAGACGUUUAGAAACUACAUAGAGUUCCUUUAUUGUUAUCUAUUUAACAUGCUGAAAGAUGGUUUCAUUUGAAUAUAUAGUAGGAAACAGAUUUUCAUUAGUGAAGUUAGGUUGCACAUUUCAAACUAUAUUAUUAACAGUGAGUUAUGAAUCAAAAGAAUCAUCUAUUUUACCUUUAUCAGCUACACACUGUAAAUAAUGUAAAAAGAACAGAUCAUAUAUUUGGAUAUUGGUAUUUUGCGUUGGAGACGAAUGUUGUUCCAGUUCUAGCGUGCGGUAGACCUCAGUACCAGGUAAAUGCAUGCUUGUGGCAUCCAAUAUUUUGCAUGAGACUUAAGACAACUCUUAACAGAUUGUUUAGUUUCAUAUAACUCCCAAUGGGAUUUUUCCACAAAGCGGAACCAUCCAUUUGUGAACCCAUACCAUCUCACUAAAGGGAGUUCUUUUCUCUGUCCACCUGUCUCCUGCUCACUACACAUCACAGGCCGUAGCUUCCGUUCUUAUUUAUUGUCAAGUAGAGGGGAACAUGUUUCCUCACCGCUGAAUCAAAGACUGAACUGUCGAUAGGUGAAAUGAAAGGCACUGAUGCUCUCUUUGCCCAGAUACAGUGGGUACUAUGAACUGUAACAAUCUUUUUGAUCUUUUUUUUUUUUUUUUUCCUUUUCUUUUACUCCAACCUACACUGUCGUGGUCCAGACUGCCGGUUGUGUUUCUGGAGUGCCAUUAACCGCUGAGGCAAAACGGGUAUACUUUUUCUAUGACAACAGUGAACCAAAUAGGAGUUAGCACUGAUCAUGGGUGUUUGUGUAUAGAUUUGUAGUAGAGAAGGAGAGCUGAAUAAAAGUGAAACCUCCCGGGAUGAGCUAAAAAUAAACAUAAUCCUGAAGACACAAACACACACACACACACACACACACAGUGCUUCAUUGCAAUUCAUGUCAUGCUCUUGUUUCUACUUAAGAAACGAUUCUUUGAAGUACAAUGGCUUGACAGGACAAAUUAAUUCCUCACUUGUAUUUAUUGAAUGCAGUAUUAAAUAGUACCAUUUUGGCCACCUUGUUAAAAGGAUGUAUAUAUUGGUUUUAUUUUCUUAUAAAAUGAUCAUUCUGUCCUCGUACUGAGAGCUGAGAGGACAGCCUUCUGUGCAGUUUAAGUCUUUUUUUCUCUCUCUCUUUCCAGUCACAAAAGCAAGACAGCCAAGUUAGCAGACUGUCAAUUGGAUGCAUCAGAAGUUGUUCAAAUUUAUGUCAUUCCUUUUAGUCCAGGGUGUACAUGAGCCGCUAACCGCGUUCAUUCACAUUUAGCAUAGCAUAACAUCUUCAGUAGGAACUCCUUGCAGUUGGUUUUUAUGCGGUCCUGUGUUGUUUCAGAAUAGUCAGGUUACAACAGAGUGUUCAAUGAGCCAUAUAUUGAUGUGGUGUUCAAUGACAUCAAGGUUAACGGAAGACUGACAUCCCACUUUUGGAAUCUAUUCAUUGUAUAUUACCAUCUAGUUUGAGGUCUGGAUUUCUUUGCCUGUCAUGGAAGACUUCACUUAUAGUAUCCAUAUCCUUUGUCACCAUAUGCAAACAUUUGUCUUUUUUUUUUUUGCUGGCCUUUGAGUUUGAUUAUUUGUUGUAUAACUGAAAAACCUGAAAAAUAAUGCCUAUUCAAUCCAGAAACUGUGAAUGGGAGAGUGGAGAUGUCAACUGUAUGUACAUUAUAUGUUUUGAUGUAAUCAGAAGCACUGGGAAUAUGUUGUACUUUGCUGUAAAAAUAAAUCCAUAUCUGAUAUAGCUGUACUUUUGUUGAAAAUAAAACCUCUACAGAA